GAGUAUCAUCCUCCGUAGUAACCGCUGGCUCACGACUUUCGCUUGCUAACCACGGAGUCUGACCUUGCGCGUAUUCCUGACGGUUGGAAUCCAGAUAUUCGUUCAGAAACUGAAAGCGCCGCUGAUUGGCCCCGUUUUUCUAAGCCCCUCCCUAAGCCCCCUUACCCGAAGGCUUUCCAUCAUCAUCAACAUGGCCGACGCGGAAGCGGACGCUCGGGCCCGCUCGAUCGACGAAGCAAUUUCGUCCGUUCUCACCGAAGUCGAAGGGAUUUCGGAGCUUAAACGCGAACAGAGAGAUGCGUUGAAAGCUUUCGUUGGUGGGGAGGACGUUUUGGCUUUGUUACCAACCGGGUUCGGAAAGAGUCUCAUUUAUCAACUCGUGCCGGGCGUGUGCAAAAAGCUGGCGGAGACGGAGGGUAGUUCAUUGUUCCACGGCGUGGACAAACCGAUCGUAAUUGUUGUGAGCCCGCUGGUUGCAUUAAUGGAAGACCAAGUGAAAGAGGCCCCAAAAUUUGGUGUUUUAGCCUCGCAGCUGGGGAAGAACAACGAGGAGAUUUUGCAGGGAAAUGUCGAGUUGGUUUUCGGCAGCCCGGAGAGCUGGCUCCUGAACGACAAGUGGAGAGACAUGCUGGCGUCUCCCGUCUACAGAAAGAAUCUCGUGGGCAUUGUUGUUGAUGAAGUCCAUGUGACGUACAAAUGGGGGCAGAAUAAGAAGAAGAAGCGUGGUCCUGCCUUUCGGGAAAGCUUCAGUCGUCUGGGUGAACUUAGAUCACUUGUCAAAGAAGGUAAGACUUCACACUACCUAUUUAAUUUAAAACAGACAUCUGUUGUCUAUAGAGCUGUGUAUGGAAAAAAGAAAAAGAAAAGACACAGAACACCAUGUGAGGGACCCAUUUCAAAAAGCAUAGAUCUUUUUUUUCCAAGUAAGAGGUAAACAAUAUUUACUACUGGUAUUCAGUAACACUGUAAUAUAUCAGGGUUCGUACAGUUAUACCUUUACCAGUGUACAAAUAUUACAGAAUGAAAAUUCAUCUUACAAAUACAUUUAUUAAAUGGAUAACUUUAUUUACAUUGUAUAAACUAGUAUAAACGCACCAUUGCUGUCCGGCAUGUACAGAUGUAGACACAUGUUUGACCUGCAUGACACUGGUACAAUUAUUUAAAAUGAUUCUGUUACAGAAAGUUUCCACCGUUGAUAGAUGUUUGUUAUUGUUUUACAGAUAUUCCAAUCCUGGCAUUGACAGCUACAGCAGACACACAAUCUAGAGAGAGGGUCAUCAGUAUGCUGAACAUGCAUGGGGCAAGGAGAAUAAAUGUAUCCCCAAACAAGGAGAAUAUUAGAAUGGGUGUUGUAAAACUGCCCAACGAUAAGCUGCAAUGCCUUGACUGGGUAGUUAAGCUGGUAAGGGAUAAUGGUGCUGCUGCACCUAAGAUAAUCAUUUAUACUCGUUCAAUUAGAACAGCAGGCAAAGUGCAUAUAUACCUGCUUGCAGAGCUGGGCCCAGAUGCCUGGGUCGAUAGAGACCCUGACGAAAGAACAGUGAACUGUUUGAUUGGAUUAUACCAUGGUAUCACCAAGCCCAAGUACAGGAAACAUGUUGUUUCAUCUAUGAAUGGUAAUGGCAACUGCAGAAUAGUUAUAGCAACUAAUGCUCUAGGUAUGGGGAUGAAUUUCCCAGAUGUAUCUUGGGUCAUUAUGUAUGGCCCACCAGAGGAUUCAGAAGAUAUACUCCAGCAAAUCGGUAGAGCUGGCCGUGGUGGG